AUUUGCGGGUCAAUUGAAUUUACUUUUCAUCCGCGGUUACCUCACACAUCAGCGGGUAGAUGUUAUAGACAUAACGUAUAUAGCACCUAAAAGGUAAUUGAUAAGAGACUCUCUUAAGUGGGUGAUCGCGAUCAAGAGAGUAGCAGAGUGGGAUAAGUUACAUGUAGCGAUAUGUUCGCGAAAUAAGAAGAGAGCGAGUCCAGAUAGUCUUUGACGGAUCCGAUCGACGAGAUAAAGUAGUCAGGAGCUUGCAACAAGUUAGCGGAACAAUGAAAAUUUCUGCAUUAUGACGAAUACAAAUAAUAAAAAUUCGUUAGAGGAAGGUAAUAGCGGUGGCCGUAGAGUUUCCAAGAUACGAGCGAAGAACAGCAACAAGAUACACUUUGGCAGAUACAUACCGAUCGUCAAAUGGCUGCCGAAGUACAGCAAGUACCAGGCGGUGGGCGACGCGAUCGCCGGCCUUACCAUAGGCCUCACUAUGAUCCCGCAAAGCAUAGCCUACGCCGCCCUGGCUGGACAAUCGGCACAGUUCGGUCUGUAUUCGUCGUUUCUCGGUGGCUUUUUAUACGCCGUCUUCGGCACGGUAAAAGAAGUAUCCAUCGGGCCCACGUCCUUGAUGAGUUUGCUCACCCUCGAGUUUACCAGGGACACUAAUAUGGACUUUGUCGUUCUCCUGACCUUUCUCGCUGGCUGCAUAGAGUUCAUCAUGGGCCUACUAGAUUUAGGUUUUCUCGUUGACUUUAUAUCUCUGCCGGUGACGUCGGGUUUUACCUCGGCCACGGCCAUCAUCAUCAUAGGCUCGCAGCUCAAGGGUCUGUUCGGCCUAAAGUUCCAGUCGAAGCACUUUGUCGACCAGAUCACCAAGAUCUUUACCGGCUUGAAGGACAUGAGACUGGGUGACACCUGCCUGGGUAUAUCGUGUAUCAUCGUUUUAUUGAUUCUCAGGAAAUUAAAAGACGUGAAGGUGAAAUCGAGCGAAACUAGCCGCGCCCGAGCUUUCCUCGCCAAAAGUCUGUGGUUCGUGUCGGUGGCUCGAAACGCCAUAGUCGUCCUGUUAUGCUCCGUACUGAGUUAUUAUUUCCAUCAGAGAGGUCAAAUGCCGUUCGUGCUGUCGGGUCAAGUUCGAUCGGGGCUUCCGUCCUUCUCGCUGCCGAACUUUACCACGAGCAUCAACAAUCAGACUUAUGGAUUUUUCGACAUGUGCUCGCACAUGGGCUCGGGGAUCGUGGUUUUACCGAUGGUUUCUGUCCUGGCGAACGUCGCCAUCGCCAAAGUUUUCGCGACGGGAUCGAUCAGCGCCUCGCAGGAGAUGCGCACCUUGGGACUGUGCAAUCUCAUGGGCAGCUGCGUGAGCUCGCUGCCGACGUGCGGCGCCUUUACCCGGAGCGCCGUGAGCUCGGCCAGCGGCAUCCAAACCCCGCUGGCCGGAGUCUAUUCCGGCCUCAUGGCUAUAUUGGCCCUGAGCUAUCUCACCCCGUAUUUUUAUUUCAUUCCCAAGGCGACGCUCUCGGCAGUGCUGAUAUGCGCCGUCGUGUUCCUCUUCGACUGGAGGAUUUUCCAGCCGCUCUGGAAGGGCAGCAAAAAAGACGCAGUCGCGACGCUCGGGACCUUCGUCGUGUGCUGCGUGUUUACCGUCGAGGCUGGCCUCAUGCUCGGCAUCGUAUCGAACAUCGUCUACUUGCUUUACCUAUCCGCCAGGCCUGCCAUAAAAGUCACCGAGUGCACCGUGAGAGACAUACAUAAUAUAUAUCCGCUUAUCUCUGCCAAUCUAGAGCACAAAUAUUUACUCGUGCAGCCCGACGUCGGAUUGUUUUUUCCCGCCGUGGAUUUUCUCUCGCAAAAGAUGGUCGAGAUCGCCGAGGAGAGGGCACCCGGCAAUAUGCCACUGGUACUGGAUUGUCAGCGAUUCCGUGGAGUCGAUUACACGGCCGUCAAGGGCCUGGAAAAGCUAGCCAAGGACUUCGAAAAAAGCCGCAGGACGCUUUGGUUUCUCAAUCUCAACGUCAAAAUCGUUAAAUCUAUCAGGAAACUCGGUGACCUGGACAAUUUGAAAAUACUCAAGAGCGAGGCUGACAUAAUCACGAUCUUCUGUGGAAUAGAGGGUGUAAAUGUUGAAAAAGACAUUCCGAUGAAGUGCAUCAACGUGGAUAGCCUCUUCGAAGCUGAAUCUCUUUUAGCCAAAGAAAAAUGUGCAGGCAACGAUUGCUGAUGGGUUCGCUGUGUGUUGUAUAGUUAAUUGUAAAUUUAUAGGUUUUAAUGAGUAUAAUAAUUCGUUAGAUUCGUUGAACGAGUAACAAUUUUAUUUAAUAAAAAUAGAUUAUUUUAUAAUAAUAUAAAUGAUACAUUUUAAAGCUCACUGA